GCAUACUACAGAAACAACAAAACUGAAAUUUCUAAGAAUUAAUUCAAAGCUCUAAUAAAGCAACCCUUGUGCUGUUGACUCAGCCAGCCCAAAUAGGCGCACACCAGACUCACUAUAGUCAUUGUGUCUCUCAUCCAUAUUUUUCAACACCAUUUUCAGGCCUGCAAGCAAAAAGCUAGAAUGGUAAUGAUAAUAAAAAACAAGGUAUGCCAUUGAUAUAGUGCCCUACUCUCUCCCUCUCCAUGCCCUCCACUGAGCAACAUUUAAGCAAGGCUCUCUUUCUCUCCAAGUGCCUUGUCUAGUUGUAUUCAUCUUCCCCUCCUCACUUCUGAAACCAUGUAUUCUUCUCGAACAUGGAAGACCAUGGCAAUGGCUGCAGUAGUUGUGCUUCAUCUCUGGUUUUCCAUGGAGGUUGAGUCUUCUUCUUCUUCUUCUCAUCAUCCUGAUCACAACAUAACUAGGCUUCCAGGCCAACCCCAUGUGGGCUUUCAACAUUUCUCAGGUUAUAUUACUGUGGAUGAUCAGAAGCAUAAAGCUCUAUUUUACUACUUUGUUGAAGCAGAAAUAAAUCCAGCUUCAAAGCCUUUGGUCCUCUGGUUGAAUGGAGGACCUGGUUGUUCUUCUCUUGGGGUAGGGGCAUUUUCUGAAAAUGGACCUUUUAGACCAGAUGGUGAGGUCCUGGUUAGGAAUGAGUACAGCUGGAACAGAGAGGCAAAUAUGUUGUAUUUAGAGACACCAGUUGGAGUGGGGUUCUCUUAUUCUAAAUCAAGCUCCUCCUAUGUGUCAGUGGAUGAUGAAGCAACAGCAAGGGACAAUCUUGUGUUCUUGCAACGCUGGUUCAACAAGUUCCCCCAGUACAAGCACAGGGAUUUGUUUCUAACAGGAGAAAGUUAUGCAGGUCACUACAUUCCACAACUUGCAAAUCUUAUGGUUGAAAUUAACAGAAAGGAAAAGUUGUUCAGUCUAAAAGGAAUUGCUCUGGGAAAUCCUGUUCUAGAAUUUUCCACUGACUUCAACUCAAGAGCUGAGUUCUUCUGGUCUCAUGGACUAAUAUCAGAUUCAACAUACAACAUGUUCACUUCUGUUUGUAACUAUUCGCGAUAUGUGAGUGAGUACUAUAGAGACUCAGUUUCGCCUUCUUGUUCAAAAGUUAUGAGCCAAGUGAGCAGAGAAACCAGUAAAUUUGUGGACAAGUAUGAUGUUACACUUGAUGUCUGCAUUUCAUCUGUGCUCUCACAAUCAAAGGUUAUAAGCCCCAAUCAAAUGACUGAGAGGAUAGAUGUAUGUGUUGAAGACAAAAUUGUGAAUUAUUUGAACCGGAAAGACGUGCAAAAGGCUCUACAUGCUAGGCUUGUCGGAGUUCGCAGAUGGGAUGUUUGCAGCAACAUUUUGGACUAUCAAGUGCUCAACCUGGAAAUACCUACAAUCUCAUUAGUUGGAUCACUUGUCAAGGCCGGAAUCCCGGUGUUAGUUUACAGUGGAGAUCAGGAUUCUGUAAUUCCAUUGACGGGAAGCCGCACCUUGGUCUAUAGAUUGGCAAGGGAGUUGGGAUUGAACACCACUGUCCCUUACAGAGUUUGGUUCGAGGGAAAGCAGGUUGGUGGGUGGACCCAAGUGUAUGGUAACAUACUUUCAUUUGCCACCAUCAGAGGUGCCUCUCAUGAAGCUCCUUUCUCACAGCCUGAGAGAUCACUCAGGCUUUUCAAGUCAUUUCUGGAAGGCAGGCCUCUGCCUGAAGUUUUCUGAUACAUUCUUUAGGUCCAUAGUGAUUGAGUUUGCAAGUAAAUAUGCUGUGCCAUACAUGGCUGCUGAAGAGUUUCUUUCAAUUUGCAAGAAGAAAAAGAGGGAGUUUUGUGUGUGUGUGUGUGUGUUUUGUUUUCUGGCUUUUGUAAAUGUAAAAGACUCUUCGGGUUGGAAAUUUUUUGUAAAGUUCAAAGGCUUCUUGUUUCUCCAA